AUGGGCAACGAUCGUAUCGUGACUGUGCUAGGUGCAACCGGGGUUCAGGGAGGUGCUGUGGUUCGUCAUUUGUCACGACAAGGCGGUUACUCCCUGCGCGCCGUGACACGGAAUCCCGAUGGAUCUUCCGCUAAGAAGAUUGCCAAGUUGCCGCACGUCACCCUCUUUCAGGGAGACAUGUCUAACCCUUCAACUCUUAAAGAAGCAUUUACUGACGCGGAGGCUGUCUUUGUUAUCACGAACUUUUAUGAUUUGGUGGAUAACAGCCUCGAAGAAGCGCGUCAGGGCUGCGCCAUGGCUGACCUCGCUCAAGAAGUUGGCGUUGAGCUGUUCAUCUGGUCUUCCAUCCCAAGCGCGCUCGUCCGGACUGGCGCCAAAUAUGCCAGUAAUCCGCUUGUCGAGAACAAGUCAGUCGUGACCCGCUAUUUGGCUUACAAGAAGGUUCCUCACGUCGUGCUUUAUGUCGGCUGGUACUAUGAUAACUUUGUCAACUGGAAGUCUAUCACAAAAGCAAACGACGGAACACUUGAGUUGGAGCAAGCCCUGUUGAAUCAAGAUGCCCCGCAAGGAUUCAGCUGGGUUGAAAAGGACCUUGGACCUACUGUGGAAGCGAUAUUGUCCCAAUAUCGUCAGAGACCAGAAGUUUUCGAGCACCCGGUCUAUUCAGUCGCUAGGCACGAUACUCUAGGUAACGUUAUUGCAGAGAUUGAAAAACAGACUGGCAUGAGGGUUCGGUUAAAAACUCCGAAAACCACGGGAAUCAAGGAUCUGGACGAACUUUAUGGAUACGAGAAUGAAUACGGAGUAUUGACGGAUGUAUCUCUCCCUGACAAGUGGACAACCUCACUUGGCGUUCGGUUUCAUACAUUGGAGGAAUUCGUCAAAGAAGUCAUUUUGCCAUAUCUAGGAAGUCUCUAG